AUGGCCCUCGCCAAAUUCAGUGAGGAUUUGACCAGAGCGCUGAAGGAGCAGGGAACUCCAGUGGAAUCAGCAUUGGAUAGUCCUGAAGAUACUCCUUGCCACCGACUGACAGAAGAUGUUGGUUUCGACAUCUUUGCUCACUUCCGUGGACUGCGAACUGCCACAUCGGCUUGGUCGGGAACGCCAAAAGGGUGUAGCGACCAAGAGCCCGCGAAGGACGAUGAGAAUGAGCCCUUGGAAAGUGAACGCCCGUCUUCGCAUUUCCUUUUCGGCGGCGCUUGCCUGCGGCCACACACCGACGGCAGCUUGGGCGCCCGGUCGGUUGAGGAGCGAGUCGAGUCCGGCCGGCGCCUUCGCGAGCGAACGAAAGAGCCGAAGGAGCCGAAGCCAAGGGACCCAGGCGCGGUCGACAUUGACCAAUGCGAGGAGGUUUCGAGACCUGCGGGCACCGGCCUGCUCCAGGCCAAGGCGCACCUGGACCCCAGCCGGCUGCAGGAGGAGUCGGAGUCGAACCUUGCGAUCUUGGGCGAGGGCUGGCAAGGUGCCCUGCAACUUCAGGAGCUGGGUGCUAACAACAGCCUCAACCGACUCGCUGCCCAGUGCCGAAAGCACAAAUCCCGCAGGGCGAAAGCGCAGGUUCCCAAGGUGCCGCUGGAAGUGACCCAGCAGCUCCGGGAAGUCGCAAGGGCAGACGUGAUCCGAGUCGAUGGCGAUCCCUGUCCGGGAGAACUCACGCUGUGGCAGUUCUUUCACAACGCAACCACCACGAGCUGCUGCCCCAGCAACUCCACGGAUUGCGCAGGUUGCGCCGUCUUCUCGGCCGGGAAAUGCCAGAAGUGCGAGGAUGGUUACCUCCGUCAAAACGGUACAUGUGUGGCCUGCCUCAGCACCAUCGACUGGGUCAACGAGAAUGGGGAAUCUUGCGACCGGAUCAAGGAGGAGGACUGCAACGACAGGCCCGUGAACGGCCAGAGCAGCAUUCAGGCUUGCUGCAAGUGCAAGGGUGGGCACAAGAGCCCAACGCCAUUCAAGUAUGCAGACAAGCGAUUUGCAGUAGGUGUCCCGAUCUAUUUGGAGCCGCUGCCCCGAACGGCUACCAGGUAUUCAGUGAAUGGCGAGUGCAACUUGGCUGCCUACAACCUGACGCUCGAUGGCCACACUGGUGUGAUUUCCUACCAGGGCUCCAUGGCUCGCCCCGUCAAGGCCUUUUCUGUGCAGUGCGAGGUCACGGCACACCAGGGAGUCGGGCUUUCGGAGACGGUGAAGGUGUCGGUGACCGCUGAACAUAUGACCUACCCGUCUGCUGUUCUAGUCUUCUCCCAGAAGACGUCAUCCUACCCUGUUGUUGCUUCCGGCACACUGCAAGAUUUCAGUAUGGUGUGCGCGCCGGAACAGCCGUGGCUCUCCGUCGAUGCCUCCGGCACCGUCACCUCGUCUCAGGCCGGUGCCCAAACCGUCGGCGCCGUCACUGACGCAGGGGAGGACUACUCGGGCAUGGAUGGCGGUGUCUGCGUGGUGACAGCCACCGACAACACCACCAAGAGGACUGCCACUUUCGCGGCCAUCCGACCCCGACCAUGGCCAGAGUUGGUCUACGAGUCCUCCUACGCAGAGGUGGUCGUCGGCGAGCAGCUGCCACCAUUGAAGCUCAAGACACCCAAAGGAUACGAGGAAGGUGCAGGGGGACUCAAGCCCACCUCUUUCGUGAUCUCUUGCAGCGUUGGAAUUCCGAUUUGGUCCUACGACCGCAAUUGGGGUGUGGGCCUCUUGCAGAAUCAUCAGAUUCUCGAAGUUGCACCCGACGGGAGCAUCGCGCUGGCGCCCGGUGAGAGCAUGGCCCAGAUGUUCGAUGAGAUAACGGCCUACCAGGCUCAUCGGAAAAACUUUCAAAUGCACUGCGGUGUGUAUGGUCUUUUCCCAGGGACAGACUUCCAACCCAUCUUCACUCAGAUGGUCUUCAAGGUGAAGGACAGCAAGUGCUGGGUGAAGGAGCGGAUCGUCGGCGAAGUCAUCUGGGAGGAGCAUACCACUGAAGAGACGCACUGUCGACAGGUCUGCCGUCAAUCGAAGGUCUGUUCUCAUUUCACCUAUGCUGAUGACACCUGCAAGCACUAUCGAAUCAACAAUGUGGAAGGGACUUCCGUGAUGACCUAUGCCAAGGUCACAGACUGCACGGACCUGUCAACCUGCAUCCGGUUGAAGCAUCCUGAAUGGGUUGUUGCAGGCGACUACUGUCCCGUCGAGUACGACAUCCACCGCGGAGGCCCCGUCUAUCGGAAGGACAGCUUGAUCCCCCAGGAGGUGAUGUAUCUCGCCAGUGUGCCGACUGGUUCCACCGCUCAGUGUGCGACAGGAAGCUGGUUGGUGCAAAGGGCGAGACCAGAGGCGGACUACGUGGACACGAAGCUUGGCUACUUCGAGUUGGCCGGUGAAGAGAUGCUCUGUCUGGAGCCAGGGGUGCCCAGCACGAAGAACACCACAGACACCACCGGCCAGGACUUCACCAUCUCGCUGGACUGGGCCACCUUGGAAUGUCCACAGCCACUGACCCACGAAGUGGAAGAUGAUGUGCUUCAUCCUCUCGUCUUCGACGAUCCCACGACGCUCCAGCCGGACGACUACUGGCUGCACCCCUGCGACUGCGUUCCGCCUGGCUGGGGGUUGGGCUUUCCUGCAAAUGCUCUAGUCGCAGAGGGUGCCUUCAUUCCCCCGCCGCUGCUCAUUGUUCAAGGCCAGUUCGCGCAGCUCCUUCCGGGAAAGAGGGGCAUCUACUUUGAGACGGAGGCCGAGGCCUUCGAGAAGGCGGACUGCCAGGAGCGGUGCAAAGACUUCGCCGCGGACUGUGCCUUCUACUGGACCGGCAGCUCGCAUGGAGCUCAAACCUGCCGCCUCUUCAACGGAUGCGACAGCUUGGUACGGGAGUUUGGCAUCGACGGCGAUCUCUAUGCCCUGCCCUCGAACGCGAGCUGCCUCGUCGCGAAUCCGGACCACUGCUGGAAGACGACGAUGCGGAGGCAGAGGGAGCCGAGGGAGGGGAGCGGUGGCGCCGGCCUUCAGUCCAGGCAGUUCCUGACCCAGACCGAGAGCAUAUCGCCGUCCUUCACGCUCUCUGCUGCCCUCUUCAACCAAGGAGGCUUAUCCGACUUCCAGGGCAACGCCUCCCGAGUGUUGAGCCGCGAGGUCACCUACGAGGAGAAAAUGGGAGAGAUAUCCACUGUGAAGCUGCUGGGAUGGACCGAGAUUUUCAAGCCCUUCGGGUAUGUGAGAGCCAUUGGAGGUCUUGCGAGCGCAACAGUGCAGGGCCUGAACCCAAACCAGGAGUACGAGUGGAGUCUUCUUACCCGCAGCAACCAGAGGCAGGUCAACCACAAAGUUGCAGUGAACCAUGGCCCACAGCUGACCCUGUCCCAGCCGGAGUCUUCACAAGCAACCGCGAUGAAGCAAGGGAAGUCCACGUCAACUCCUCGAGGAGAGCUGGUCUUCGAUUUCGAAGCCAGCGAGUAUUCCUUGGCGCCGCAGGAUCUGCGAAGCGGGACCUCUUCCAGCAUCGCUUCCAAGAGCUGCCCUUCGGGCACGACAAUGACUCAUUGCUCGUGCUAUGCAGAUUCGGGUAUCUGUGCCGGAGCGAAGAUGGAGCCGGCGUCCAACCCCACAACAUGCAAAGCCUACGGGAGCCGGGAGGUCAGCGGAUGGUCCUCCAAAGGCGUGUCGGUGCGAGCCCACGUGCGCUGCAUGAAGAUGGAGCGCCUCGGGAAAAAAUGGAUCCUAGCCAGGCGUCGCGAGGCAGACGGGACGAAGCCGUAG